GACUAAUAUAUGUGGUUAAUAGUUAGAUAAGAUUUAGGAACCGAAUGCAUUAGAGCGGAACGGACGAGUCACGGGGGAUGCGGCUCUUCGUCGGCACCGCCGCGCUUAUUUAAUCUCUUCCUGCUUUUUAGUGCUUCGCCAAAGUAGCGUCGUGCUUUUUGGUUUUUUUACUAAAGAAUUGUUACGGUCUCGUACACUUAUUUAAAUCUCCGAUUUGACGGGGAACUGCGCUGUAAUGUACGUGCGAUCGAACAUUUUCUCAUCAUCCGUCAUAAAAAUGAGAAGAAAGAGACGCAGACAGGGAGAAGUUCGCUCACGUUUGACACCUGAAAUGUUCAUCGACUUAGCAUAGAAAUGUGGGCUUUCAACGAAUUAAAUAAAAAAAAAAAAACAGGCAGGACUUAUAUCCCUAAGGAGCAACAAAGGGCAUCGCCAACCACUUGUCCAUCCAUCCACUUGUCUGCCCACCAUCCAUCCAUCCAUCCAUCCAUCCAUCCAUCCUGAGCAGGGUCGCGGUGAACUGGAGCCUAUCGCAGAAACUUUAGGCACAAGGCAGGGAGGAAUGCAUCCUGGAUGGGACACCAGUCCAUCGCAAGAGGCUCCGCCCUCCGCCAUGUCCAAGAAUGGGUACUUCUUUCAAGAAAUGGAGCUUCAGCAGGAGGAGCCGGAGGACGGCUGCGAGGGGAAAGAAGAAGGACCGGAGUCUCCCGUGGUCUGUGGGGACGACAUUCACCUCUACAAUCAGAUCCAGAGUGGGAACCAAGAUCCUGAUUCCGGAUGCGUGCUGUUGAACACGUCGAGAAAAUAUCUGAAGCUGAUGAACUUUGAGGAGGAGGUGAGAGCUCACCGAGACCUGGACAGCUUUUUAGCCCAGGCCAGUAUCCUGCUGGAUGAGACAGCUGCCUCGCUGGACGAGGUGCUCAGGCGCAUGCUGCAUCACGUGGCCCAGGACAGCAGUGCCACGGAGCCGGGCUGUAACUUCGAGGAGGUCAUGAGCAUGCUCUUCACCGAUGCUGGUGCCCAGGAGGUCAAUGUGCACCUGCUGUCCGAAACCAUCCAGGGAGUGACGGCCACGGCGACCGGCGUCCAGUACCAGCAGUCCUGGCUCUGUAUCCUGUGCAGUGUGAAGAGCCUCCAGAGGAGACACGUCUGCAUCUCCCGCCUGGAAAGACCCCAGAACUGGGGCGAGAACUGCUGCGAAGUCCGAUACGUCAUCCUCGUCCUGGCUCCGCACAAGAUGAAAAGCACCAAGACCGCCAUGGAGCUGGGCCGCACCUUCGCCACCAUGUUCUCGGACAUCUCCUUCAGGCAGAAGCUGCUGGAGACCAAGACCCAGGAGGAGUUCAAGGAGGAGCUCGUCUACCAGAGGCACCAGCUCACGGCGAGCAGUCAGAAGCCAGCGGCGGUGGAGGAGGAGAAGACGGAUCCCCACAGCAACAAGCCCCUCAAGUGCAGGGAUUUCCUCCAAGCCGGUCGGGGCAUCUAUGAGGACUUGAGCCGCAGACUUCCCCUGUACCCAUCGGACUUCACAGAUGGCUUGAUUGGCAGUAACAAAGCCUUGCUGAAGUACACCACUACUGCUAUUUUUCUUUACAUCGCAAUCCUCCUGCCUGCCAUUGCAUUCGGCUCACUGAACGACGAGAGCACGCGAGGUGAAAUCGAUGUCCAGAAGACCAUCAUUGGCCAGAGCAUCGGAGGUGUGAUCUACUCUCUCUUUGCAGGUUCUCCUCUAGUCAUCCCCCUGACAACUGCACCACUUGCCAUUUUCAUCAGUGUGAUCCGUGGCAUCUGCGAUGACUAUGACCUUGACUUCCCUGCAUUCUAUGCCUGCAUUGGCUUGUGGAACAGCCUGUUCCUCAUCUUGGGUGGUGUCUUUAACGUUAGCCUGCUCAUGAAGCUCUUCAAGCGGUCCACUGAGGAAGUGAUAGCACUCUUCAUCUCUGUUGCCUUUGUGGGUGAUGCUGUCAAAGGCACCAUCAAAAUCUUCCAUAAGUACUACCACGCCGCCAAACUGACAAGCAGCAACCCGGACGUGUUGUACCGCAUGCUGGAGGAGGCCUUUGGGUCAGGGAACGGCACCAGGAGCAGCCCGGGAAACGAGACAGGCAAUGGGACCGGGGACGGGAGGGGAAACGUUACCGUGGACGGAACCGCCCUGGCCGAAUCCCUCGUCCUCUGCACGCGGGAACGAGCCGUCUUGUGUCUGCUGCUCAUGCUCGGCACACUGUGGCUCGGCUACACGCUGUACCAGUUCAGGAGAAGCCCCUUCCUACACGCCAAAGUGAGAGAGGUGCUGUCUGACUGCGCACUGCCUAUCUCCAUCCUUAUCUUCUCCUUUGUGGGCUCCUACCUGUUCCGCGACAUUGAGCUUCCGGUGUUUAAUUUCCACAAAGGCGCCAUAUUCAAUGUGGCAAAAUUCCAGAAGCUCUCUGCCGUGAACAUAGUGAGUGCCAUGGGCCUCGGCUUCCUCCUAGCGCUGCUUAUCUUCAUUGACCAGAACAUCGUGGUGUCACUCACUAAUGCUCCAGAGAACAGGUUACUGAAGGGAACUGCCUACCACUGGGACCUGACGCUCUCAGGCCUCAUCAAUAUCCUGAUGUCGGUGCUGGGGUUGCCAUGGAUGCACGCUGCCUUUCCACACUCCACGCUGCAUGUGCGUCAGCUGGCCUGCGUCGAGCAGCGCGUGGAGGGUGGGCACCUUUAUGAGACGAUCGUGAGCGUGAAGGAGACACGUCUCACCUCGCUGGCGGCCAACAUCUUUAUCGGCGUCUCCGUGUUCCUGCUGCCCGUCCCUCUGCAGUGGAUCCCCAAGCCAGUACUCUAUGGCCUCUUCCUCUACAUAGCCCUCACCUCCAUCGACGGCAACCAGAUGUGGGACCGCAUGGCUCUUCUCCUCAAGGAGCAGACCUCUUACCCUCCCACCCACUACAUACGCAAAGUGCCGCAGAGGAAGAUCCACUACUUCACGGCACUGCAGAUGAUCCAGCUGUUGAUCCUUUGUGCCUUUGGCAUGUACCCUCUGCCCUACAUGAAGAUGAUCUUCCCGUUACUCAUGAUCCUGCUCAUCCCCAUCAGAAACAACUUGCUACCCAGGAUCAUUGAGGCCAAAUACCUUGACAUUCUGGAUGCCCAGCGCAUGUGAAGAAGGACGGAAAUUUUGAAAGAAGAGAAGUGCAGAUGUGCUGAAACACGAGGAGGACACAGAGAUUAGUCGGCAAAUAGCGUGCAGACGGACACACACACACACACACACACACACACACACACACACACACACACACA